CAACCCUCAACACAUGAUAUAAUUUCCAAUUGUAAAAAGUUGAUUUAUCAAAAAAAUCCGUUUGUUUUUCGAAAGUUUUAAAUGGCUAAACAGGUUUUAAAAAUGCCUAAAAAGUUAAAAAUUAAUUGGAAGAGCUCAGGCUGUAAAUGUUUCAAGUCCUGUCCCAACAAUGAGGACUCUUCGUUUAGAUUCUUUCUCUGGGACUUGUACCACUACAUACUGAGGGUGUUGCAGGCUAUUUUGUCGUUAAGUGUCGCAAUUAUGUAUUUUUUUGUCGUGGAAAAUACCGAUGUCAGUGAGGAGGUGGCGUUCACAUGCAUGGUGCCCUUGCUGUUCCUGAGAAUCCCAAAAAGCCCAAAGGAAAAUGUACAUGUCAUCAUACAUGUUUACACGGCUGUUUUAAGUUCCGCACUGUAUGGGGUCCUCAGCUUAGUCUAUUUUGGAGAUUUUUACAACAAAAGAAAAACCGGAUUACCUUUCUUGGCACUUGUCAUUUGUACUUCAACUUUAACUUUAUUGUCCAUCGUGGACGGUUUGAUCACGAAUUUCUACAACAACCGGCCGAUUCUGCCGCCUCCUUUUUUCCGUUCCUUCUCAGUCUUUUCCAAAUCGUACUCCAUUGACCAUUUUUAAACCGAGCUACAACCGAGGUCGAAAAUCAAUGUGAGCCGUUGGUUAUUGAAAAAGGCUGUCUUAAAUUAGAGGGACGGGGAUCGUGGCCUUUGAAAAUUCACUGGGAAAUCCGCUGGUUUUGUUCUGACCGAUUCCCAUGGAACCUAUGAGAAAUGACUUUCAAACGGAUUCUUAUGUGCAUGUGAGGCUCAGCUGGCCCUAAUUAAUCUUUCAGUUGCAGAAACUACUUUUUACCCCUUAUUUAUUAUUUCAUAGAAAAAUAUAUAUAAAAAAUAUU